GCUGCCCCUCCUUCGCCGCCCUCCCUCGCUCUCUCCGCCCUCGGCCAGGCCUCCCAGUUCCCUACUUUUGCGUGUCUACCAACUUCGAAUUCCCAGUUUCAGCGCCUCGCUGCCGCCCGCGAAUCUCUACUCUGCCUCCUGGGGUCUUCUCCCAAUGUCUAGCCCCCACCUAAGGGGACCUAGCCGAGCCAGUGGGGACCGGAUCUGAAGGGUGGAGCGGCCAGGUGAGCCCUGAAAGGUGGGGCGGGGCGGGGGCGCUCUGGGCCCCACCCCGGGAUCUGGUGACGCCGGGCCUGGAAUUUGACACCGGACGGCGGCGGGCAGGAGGCUGCUGAGGGAUGGAGUUGGGCUCGGCCCCCAGAUGCGGCCCGCGGGCUCUGCCAGCAACAAGUCCCUCGGGCCCCAGCCUUCGUUGCGACUGGGGCUCGGAGCCCUGCACCCGAGGGCACAGACCGGCAGCCAAGGCCCCACUUUUGGCUAAAAGAGACGCUGCCAGGUGCACAACUCUGGGCAUGAUCCAUUUGAGCGUCGAGGGAAAGCCCAGCACUGGUCCCAGGAAAGGUGCCUAGAAGGACUCGGUGCAGGACCCCGUUGGGCUCUGCUUCCUCCCCUGGGGUUUGGAGCAAAUGCUCAGUAUGGAACUAAGGGUGUCCAGUUACUUCUUCCUCCAGCCGCUCUGGUACCUUCAGCCCUGAAGUACAGAACAGAAGGGUCCUAGAAGACAGGACCACAGCUGUCUGCCUGAAAAAGAGGGUGGGGAAAAGCAGGCCCACGAAGGCUGAUGGGAGCUCCUAGUGUUGACAGAGAUGGAACCCGGACUUGGAGACCCUACUGCAUUGCCCCACUGCCUCCGGCCUAGGUGGCAGCCAGCUUUGUGGCCAACCCUAGCUGCUCUUGCCCUGUUGAGCAGCGUCACAGAAGCCUCCCUGAACCCCAUGUCCCGCAACCCCUCCACUCGUGAUGGCCCCUCGCCGGUCCUGGCGCCCCCAACCGGCCACCUGCCUGGUAGGGGGCGGCACUACGCAUUUGUGCAGCGAAAGAGCCCUGCCACCACCGCCACAGUCUCCCCAGCCCGCACCCCCACCGCCAGGGCCCGCGCUCCAGUCUCCUCCCGCUGCGCUCCGCGGGGUACGCGCCGCGCGUGCGGGGACCCGAAGCAGCCGCGCGCGGGGCUCGGAUGCGCACGGCUGUCGCUUGCGCUCGCAGCUGGUGCGGGUGAGCGCGCUCGGCCUGGGCCACAGCUCCGACGAGCUGGUUCGUUUCCGCUUCUGCAGCGGCUCGUGCCGCCGAGCACGCUCCCCGCACGACCUCAGCCUGGCCAGCCUGCUGGGCGCCGGGGCCCUGCGGUCGCCCCCCGGCUCCCGGCCGAUCAGUCAGCCCUGCUGCCGACCCACUCGCUAUGAGGCCGUCUCCUUCAUGGACGUGAACAGCACCUGGAGGACCGUGGACCACCUCUCCGCCACUGCCUGCGGCUGUCUGGGCUGAGGAUGAUCUCCAAGCCUUUGCACACUGGACCUUUACCCAUGUGUUGCCCUGCCUGGAACAACCUCACCCGGCCUCAUUAGCCAGGAACCUCAGCCGGAAAGGGAAGCUGCAGAGCUCAGGCGCCAGGCCGGUGAGUGGCAGGCAUCAAGCCGGGAGAGAUGACCUAACCACUGACCAACAAACAGCUCCAAGGCGCUCAUGGAUCCCAGCUCUAUAGACACCAGAAACCUCAGCUAAGGAGAACUCCUCUGGGAGCAUCCAGAAAUGGCCCCAGGCCCUAGGGAAUGAAUGAAUCUUGAGAAGAUACAUUGUACUCACGUUGCUGGAAGAGCCUGUGCUAAAGCUGAAGCCCUAUUUAUUAUUUCUAAAUUAUUUAUUUACUUUG